CUCCUCUCCUCCUUAAAAGAAAAACCCAAGAAAGAAAUAUGAAAAGAAAGAGAGAAGCAGUGAAAUUUAAGACACUAAUGCUAUGAAAAGAACUGAACUAAUGUGAGAUGGAAAAAAAAGUGAUAGAAAAUUCAAAUAUGCAGUGAAUUAGAAAACGCAAAGAGAGAAGACAAAUAAGGAAAGGAAAAACAGUGCAUAUCUCAUAAAAAGAAGAAAAGAGAAGGAAAAAAAACUUAAGGAGAUAAAAAAUAAGAAAAACGCUCAAGAUAAAUAAGAAGAGUUACCAGCAAAAUUCUUUCUUUUUUUCUUUAACUAACAAUCAGCCAGUCAGUCAGUCAAUCAGUCAGUCAGUCAAGUCACAUAAAGCAGUAUCAGUCAGCAACCACUUAGUCCCAAAUCCUGUUAUCAGUCAGUCUUUUAAAACAGUUAUCCAUUUUGCCUUUCAGUUAUUCAGUCAGCUAGUCAGUUAGUCCCUUUCUCAGUCUUAGUCAAGCCUCAUAAUACAGUCAGUCAUUUAGUCUCAUAACACAACAUUAGUUAGUCAGCUAGUCCCUUGAAACAGUCAGUCAGCUAGCCAAUCCCCAUAGGACAUCAAUAACCAGUCAGUCAGUCAGACAGUCAAAUCUCUUAAUACGGUCAGUCAUUUAGUCACAUAACAGCCAGUUAGCCCCUUAAAACAGUCAGCUAGCCAAGCCCCAUAGGACACCAAUAACCAGUUAGUCAGUCAGUUAGUCAGUCAGUCAGCCAGUCAGCCUCAAGUCACAAAACAGUAUUAACCAUCCAUAUUUCACAUCACCAGUCACUCGUCACCUUUACAAUGACAGAAAAGGUUAUAGGUUGCGUCUCUCUCAUCUUCCUCUUGGCUGACAAUAGCCUGACCUUAGCUUGCUGUGCCAUACAUUUCAUUAGGGGCUCGCUUUAUAAUGGCACAGUUAAUGGGGCCAUUUCUGUUGUCUUAUUCUGUGUCGCUGGCAUCAUUACAAAUUUAUUCCACUUCUUUAGGCAUGAGGCGACAAGAAUGCCACAGAGGAGUGCGGGAAAGAAGGCCAAGACCUUCCUGUUAAUCUGUAUCCCAAACUAUUACCUUGUCAUGUGGAGUUUGAUGAGAUGUGUGAAGAGUGAGAGCCUGACAAUUAAGUGUUGGACAGCUUCCCUCAGGCUGUUUUACUGCUCCACAGGCUCCCUUGUACAGGCUGUCUACCAGAGUUACUUGGUGGUCAGGCUGUGGUGGGAAGAUGACAUUCCGAAUGAAUAUUACAUCAUAAUGAUAGUGACAGCAGUGUACCUGACUCUGUACGCCAUCUAUGGGGUCUGUCGGUACGUGUGGGUGCAAUGUUACGAUGAGACAGGCAGCUACCUCCCCCUCAUGCACAUUUUCCUCAUCACCUUCACUCUAACGCUUAAUAUGUGUGGGCGUGUAACAGCCAUGUCUGUGGUGAUGGGGACCUUAGGCUGGUGGUGGCUCGUCAUCGCAAUUGCCACCCCUUUCCUCGUCAACUUUGCUGUCUACAUCCACACAGCUGCUCAGAGAACCCCAGAGAAAAUAGGAUACUUUCAUAAUUGUUGUCGAUAUAUCAGUUUAAUUCCUCUGGCCCUUCUUUCCUCCAUGACAAUAUCUGACAAACGAUAUUUAACCAUUCUCACAACGCUGGCUUGGAUUGCCUCAUACCUCCCUCAGAUUCUAAUGUUUAACAGUCAUAUGACGAACUGGCUUGUGUGGAUUGUUCCGACUGUUGCCCAGAUCUGUUCCUUGAUUAUUAUGAUGGCCACUUGGAAGGUAUUUGAGGCCGCGUUCUACCGGUUCAGUCGCCUAGCUGGUACUCAUCCAUGGUCCGUCACGUUUUUGAGAGUAGAAUGCACUCAAAACGUGAUAGCCCAGCCAACCCACUCCAUUAUGCAGUGAGCUCUGACCUCAGACUGAUGUUUGGUUAGGGCUGAGACCACACCACAAACCACACACCAAACUCCACACCACACACACCACAACACACAUCAAAUUUUGCUCCACACUCCACACACCACACACAGCACACCGCACGCCAUUCACCGGGACAGCAAGGCCACUACCCACCAAAUUGCAUCCUGUACCUACUUGCUGCUGGGUGAACAGGGGCAACACAUUAAGAAGCUCACCCAUUUGCCUUGCCAAACCCAGGACUUGAAAUGAGAGGACCACGCUAAUCUUCUCACUUUUUGGUAUUGUUUAUGGUUGAAGUUUUAUGAGGCUUUAGAGGGGGUUGUGGUUGUGGUGGUGUUUUGCAUGUGUAAAUGGCAUUGUUCUGCAUUUGGAAAGUUGUAAAGUGAGUGGUGAUUGUCUGGUGUUUGAAUGCGUUUAGUUAAGUUUUUCAUUCUUGCAAGUUUAGGAAGUUUUGGAGUAAUGUUCUAUUGGUGUUUGCAUGUUUUUGUGUGUUUUUUUUUAAUGUAGAAAGGGAAAAGUGGCCAAGGGCAACAUAAUAUUAAAAAAAAGGCCCACUUAGUUGCCAGUUCCCUAUAGAGUUAGCCAAAAGAAAGGGAUAAAUGUCUUGAAACCUCCCUCUUAAAUGAAGCGUUUAGUUCCUUGUUUAGUCUAGCAUUGUGAAUUUAGAACAUUUUAGAGUAAGUGAUGAUUCUCUGGCAUUUACAUAUAUUUAGUUAAGUUUUUCAUUCUUGCAAGUUUAAUUUAGUUUGUGUGAAAAGAUGCAUGUUGAGAGAGGUGAUGGUGGUGGUGGUGGCUGUGAAAAUAAUGCCAGUUGUUGUUGUUGUUGUUGUUGUUGUUGGAGUAAUUAUAGUAGUUGUUUGUUGUGGUUGUCAAGGUUACAGAGGGUGCAUGAGCAAUUGUUGAUAUUGUUGUUUUUAUUAUUGUUGUUACUGCAUGAUAUGAUAUUUGACCCAUUCCUAGGCUUCCAGUUUGAAAAUUAUGAUGAAUCAAAUAUUUUUCUAUCCCGGCUUGGCAGUUCAUGUGUUUUGUAGGGUUUUAUAAUUUUUCUUUUUUUCAGAUUUUGUAGUAAUAUUUUAAUAGGAAGUGUCUGUCUGUCUGUUUGUCUGUCUUCCUCUGAUAUGAUAUGACUGGAUAUGAUAUGAUUGGAAGUUGUGAUAGAUUUUAAUUAUUCUUUAUUUUUCCUUAUUUUAGAGGAACAAAUGAUUAAAAUUUCAUGGAGAUUUA